GGGUUUGUUGUGAACUCUUCGCUCGCACUCGUCAUCGCAUCCAAUGUUUGUUUCGCCGCAAACUCUUCGCGACUAUUGUUUGGAUUUCUUGCGCCAACGGAUCGACGCGGAGGUGACGUGUGAGGGCCUGAACGGCGCGCUCGCGGAGGAGUUGUUGCGUUCGCUUUCACUUCAUUCGCAACUCUCGGACGACGUUCUCCUCAAACCCCUCUUCGACGCCCGAAACACUCGCCUCCACGCCGUCCACUUCGACGACGCCUCUCAACUCACGACUCGCGGACUCCGCGCUCUCCGCGCACACCGUCUGCGCCGACUCACAGUUCGCGGUCUUUCGCGCGCGACAAUCAACGAACUCAUCGGCUGUUUGGGCGACCAAUCGCUGCACGACUUGCGCGCUCUCGACGUCUCGCGGUCUGCGUUCACCAAUCACAACAAGUUCUGCGUCGUGAUUGGUUUGGCGAAACUGCGGUCUCUGCGCGCUCUCGACGUCUCGCACACCGACUUCAACGGUCACGGCCUCGAGAUAGUGGUCGACGACCUUCCGCUCCUCCGCGCGCUCAACAUCUCCGCGACGCGCGUGCGCGACAUCUCUGCGCUCCGGAAGUGCGCCAACCGUUUGACAUCUCUUUCCGUUUAUAACCUUUCGUUCGGCGAAACCUCGCUUUCAGUCGUUCAACAAUUACCGCUUCUCGAGGCCCUCGACGUCAGCGACGACUCCGACAACCCGUUGGACGCUCUCGUGACUCGCGAUCGUCAUCACGUGCGCCAACUCCUGCAAAGCGGACACCUCUUCGCGCGCCUCCAAGAACUCGACAUUUCCGGCAGAGAUGGCGUCGACUGCGCUCUCGUCACGCGCUUCCUCGCCGCCAAACACGCCGCCGCCGACGCCCUUCCCCUCCGCUUCCUCGGACUCCUGCAGACAUCCGUCGCGUCCGACGACUUGGCGUUCGGCGACGCGGAUCUCGUGGUCUCCGGAAACGCGUCCGAAAAGCAGAUUCUCGAAGCCCUCCGAAGAUAUGGUUUGCGCGCGAAUUUCGUGCAGAAAUCUCUUUUCCAUUUAUACGCCUUCACGCAGACUCUGGCCGACGCGCGCGCAGACCUUAUAGAAGCCGUCGUCGCGCCGAUGGCCGUCCACUCGCGCGCCAUCGCCGUCCAGAUGGCGGCCACGGCGUGUCUCUAUAACCUGUCGAAGAACCAGUUCGGCGAUCGUCUGCACCCCUCGACUCUGCGCGCAGUCGUGGAGCGCACUCUCGCGGCGAUGCAGAACUUCCCGAAUCACCAGCAGUUGCAGAAGAACUCUCUGCUCACCAUCUGUUCCGAUCGCGUGCUUCAAGACGUCUCUUUCGACCGCUUUCUCUGCACUCAACUCGUUCUCGAUUCGCUCGUGCAGUUUAAGGACACGGCGAUGAACCGGAUGGCCGUCGCCAUUGUCUCCAUUCUGGCCGCGAAGAUCUCUACCGCCGAGACUUCCGUUUUGGGCGCGAAAGCCGUUUACAUGGAGGCGCUGCUGGCCAUCGUUCGCGCGCGACUCGCCGACGCCCUUCACAACGACAUUAUGCUGAAGUUCACUUUGAGCGCGCUCUGGAACCUCACCGACGAGUCGCCCAAAACGUGUCAAAUGUUUCUCCAGAAGGGCGGACUCGACCUCUACCUACAGGUGCUUCAGCGCUUUGAGGGCGAGUGCGCCGUCGAGACCAAAGUCCUCGGAUUGGUCAACAACAUCGCAGAAGUGGAGGAAUUGCGUCACAAUCUCCUCGACCUUCACUUCCUCCGCGUUCUCCGACUUCUGAUGCGUUCGCCGAAAAUCGACGUCUCGUACUUCGCGGCCGGCAUUUUCGCGCAUCUCUGCGCCGACCAAAGCGCCACCUCUUCCGCGCUCCACGACCUGCACGCUCUUCUCCGCCAACUCAAGGAAGUAGUGCUCUCGUGGGCGACGCCCGACAUCGAAAUGGUCGCCUAUCGCUCGUUCGUUCCCUUCCUUCCGCUCCUCAAUUGCUUCCAAUGGCCGGCCGUCCAGUUGUGGGCCGUUUGGGCCGUUCAUCACGUGUGCUCCAAAAACCGUCCGUUCCUCCCUUUCCUCCCAAACAAACAAUACUCACGUCUCUCUCUCCCGUUAGCCAAACGCUACGUCGAGAUGUUGGUGGCGGAGAGGGGCGCGCACACCAUUCGCGCGAUUGUCGAACAGCGGAACAGCUCUUCGGCCGAAGACGACGACCACAAAGACGACGACAACUGCUCUCGAGUUCUGCGAGAGUUGUUCAUUCUUUGGCUUCUCUUCGAAAGCCUCAAAACCUAUCAACAAAUCGCGGAACAAAUCCAAGACUUCGAGCGAAGAGAACACUUCCAGCCAAUCGUCGACCGAAUGCUCGACAAAAGACUUGAGGCCACGAAAGAGCUGUUGAGACACUUGUCGUACGUCGUGGUCGUCGUCUUCGGUCUGGUGGCCACUCUUCUGCGCAGUCGCGGACUCGUCCUCGUGUUCCUCGUGCUGGUGGGCGGCGCCCUCUGUGGCCACCUCUUUGUGCCCCUUCUCGCUCCCGAAGCCCUGGUAGUCGUGGCGGUCGUCGACCUCACAGUCGGCGCUCUUUUCGCGCAUUUCGUCCAAUAA